GCAGUGCCGCCUCGACCCGCCGUUCCAGUCGCCUCGGCGGAUUCGACGCGAUAGCUGCCGCUUGAUGCCACAUACUGCUGGUGCCGCUGGUGUGGAGACAAGGUUCUUGCGUGUUUGCGGAGCCACUGCUGGUGGGCGACAGUGCCGGCUUGUCUUUUAGCAUACUUCUCCGUGCCUGCUGGUAAAAUGAUGGAUACACCGAUCGACGACACGUGCUCGAACAGCCAGGGACGAGAAGUGUCCUGAGAAAGUGGUGGAGCGCCGGUCAUUGCCCUGCUCUGAACAACAUGACGGAUCCAUGGUCCGCCUUCACCAUUUGGUUUCUGACUGGCCCGUCCCGUCUUGAGGCGCAAUGAGGACGCCGUGGUCGCCAUCGCUACUCCUAGCCUGGUUAACGAUCGGCCAGCAGCAAUUCUCGAUGUGUAGAGCCAGGGCAUCCUCGUCAUCCUCCUCGUCUCAUCAGUCGUGGUCCGACUGGAACGCCUGGUCGCCCUGCAGCAGAACUUGCGGCGGUGGCAUAACGACCAGAGCCCGGCCUUGCCUCGCAAGGAGCUCACCCACAGCGACGAAUUCUCCGUACUCAAACUGUUCCAGGACGUUAUGGGAACAAAAGCUCUGCAACACGGAGAGAUGUCCUCCGGGCAGCGAAGACUUCACAGACGUUCAGUGCUCGGCCUUCAACAACCGAUUCAUGGGGAACGGACGACGAGUUGCCAAGUGGUUUGCUGUGGAACGUCAUACACAGAAGCGAAAUCCCUGUGAACUAAGGUGUAGAUCGCAAGACUCUACAAUGAUCUUCAGUUUCGGGAAGAUGGCGGACGGUACGUCAUGCGGCCAGUCCAAGAUAUGCGUCAAUGGCCGGUGUAAGGACGUCGGAUGCGACGGCAUCAUAGAAUCGGGUGUUCGAAUGGACGAGUGUGGUGUUUGCGGAGGCAGGAGUCUUUCAUGCAUUCAAGUGCAGCAGAUGUCUUCUACACAAGGAGAACUGUACAAGUACAUGGCCGUGACUAUCAUUCCACGUGGUGCCACUAACAUCCGCGUUGAAGACGACAGCCACAAUGUACUGACCCUGUGGGACCACUGGCCUAGCCGUUCGAUCGUCCCAAACAAAGGCAUCAGCAAUAAGACAAUUCGCUGGGAAACGCGAAAGCUGGGUGGAGGUACUUCGACCAUUCUUGCCGGAGGUACGAGCUUCACUCACGAGAUGGCCGAGAACGGGAGCGAAGCUCUCACAGCUGUCGGACCCACAAUGAAACCGGUCACGCUUGCGGUUUACAUGGUCAAGAAGGCUAAUUCCAGCGUUCGCUACCAAUAUUGGGUUCCGAAGGAAGACAACAGAUGGCGGAGCAGUGUUGUCGACCCUCCGAGUUACCUGAUUCAGAAGGCCGCCGCCAAUGCGUCGCCACCCACUACAGAACACCACUUCCAGCGGGCUCGGCUCCAUGCGGGACCACUCGAAGACAACGCCAUUCCGUUCCUCACAGAUCAAGUAACAAGCACAAUCACUAGCAGCACCGAUGGUGUGUCAGUGAUCCCGACAAACAGGCACAAAGGAAGCAAAACAAGGCACAAGCCAGGCAAGGAAAAGAAAAACAACGGGAAGUGUCCGGUGUGCCAUCGACCAAGAAACCAAUUGCACCACUUUUGCAAGAGUGAUGUUGUGAUUCAAGCCACCGUGUUGUCGGCGGAUUUCGUGGAAGGCUCUGUGCGCUACGACGUCGCCGUGGCCGAGUCCUACCGCAACCUGGUAAACCUGCAGCAGCGCGAGUACCUGUGGGCGCGUGACCGCCGCUGCGCGUGCCCCAGGCUGCGCGUGGGACGAGAGUACGUGGUCAUGGCGCGCGAGCAGCGGAACUUGGCCAACAAAGAGUCCAAGCUGGUCGUCGACUCCAAGUCAUUUGUGCGCCGUUUCACCGAACGCCGGCAUCGUCAGCUCUCGAGACUGCGCAAGCUCCAGGGUCGGAAGUGCAACUUAACCACGUGAACUUUGACUCAUCCCUCCUGUACGCAAAGCUAUGCACUGGACGUGAAUGUGCCGCGAAGCAGAAUGCGACGAUGGUUAGUGAGAAGCAGCCGCGAACAAAGAGUGACUCCGGGUGAACAAGAUGUGGGAUAAUUUGUCCAGGCUAGCUGCUUGUACAGACUGGAAGCACAGAGACUGUGUGCCUGCGGGCCAUUGACACGGUAAAUUGAACGCGGUGAACCAUUGAGAUAUACUGAAUUCCCGAAGCUGCCGUACAGAGUAGUAGUGUUGGCUUCCAUUAAGGGUAUUGGGUGACUAACUUGAACGUUACUGACCAGCAUUCUGUGCGUGACAAGACACCUAAAGAGGAACCAUUCCUGUUCGCUAACUCAGCAUCGACAUUCAAACAUCGACAAGAGACGAGCGAUAUCGCAGUGUGCAUUCUUUCACCGGUUUACUCUCGCUCUGCCAUGUUUUCAGGUGUUCACCUACAACUAAAAAGGUUUUGUCAUAUUUCUUCUGGCAGACAAUCGUUAACGAAAGCGCCAGCGAUAAAAAUGAACUUCUUUGCAUAUUCGUGGCGAGUUUCGUUUUGAGCAGUAAGGACUAUUCAUUGUUUAAAUUAUAUCGUUUAUUGUAAACAUUUUUGUCGACAGUGUUGUACCCUCGAGCCACCUGUUAUCGAGUCAUCUGCCUUCCUCGGGGAUGGUGUUCAGUAUUGAUGGAAAUCCUAUAGCAGGGUUUCUUUGUCUUCAUAUCAAUGUUACUACACCAAAGACAUAUUUUUGUCGCGCUGAUGUUCACUAAAGUACACAAUGUUAACUCGUUUCGCACGCAAAGCAAGCAUUUACAUGACGAACGUGCUGUUGCUAUGAUUCCAUUUUUGUGGUGAAUUACUGUGUUGUACCUCGCAUUGUUCUUGAUGUUCUCAAGAUUUAUCUGCGCAACUGUUUUGUCAUGAACCUUUGCAGUCUUUUUUUUAGUACCUGCAAAUCGAAUGUGAACACCAGUAGUAUACCUUACACUUGUCCCUUUAUUUAUUGAUCUCCUUGCUUAACCUUAUACAAGUCACCCACUUUGUGGAAUGUUUUGAUACCUUUCUAUUCUUCUAUGUCUCUAUUAUUGAAAAUUGUAUGCGUCACGGUGUUUGUUGUUCGCCGCUCCUUGUACAAAAACGUACACACGUUUGUGCGAAAACUACGCCUUCGUUUUCCAAGAAAAAAGAAAGAAAAACCAG